GCGUAUAAUAUUUCAUGUACUUGGCGUCGAGACGCUACCGCGUCUCUAGAUACAAUGAGUACAUCGUGAUGCACCACUCCCCGGCGCAACAAUAUCCUUGCCGUUGUGGAAAGUGUUGACGUUUUGUGGGUGUAUUAGGUGGAAAAAAUGGUUCUUUUUGCAUAAUUUGCUUCAUUUCAAGGUCACUUGUAAUAGAGAAUAUUAGCGAUUUAGCUAAUUUUGGCGCGUUAAUUAAUUUAAUAGAAUUCGGUCGAGAGAAGCCACCAGGACACGCACAGGACACACAACAGUGCUAUUAAAUAGGCCUGUUUUCUACCGCUUACUAGUUCAGACUGACACAUUAGCAUCAAAACGUAUUGACACGUACCGUCAAAACAUUCUUCGCGAGAAUGUCGGUCGGUGCCAGUACGUCCCGUGACGGAACGUUCAGACAAGCAUAGUCAGCUUAUUAUACAGCAAAUCAGAAAUAUUUAUGAAAGAGGUUUAUCUGUUUGAGAGAAUUGACACAAAUAUUCGGAACGAAGCCUUAAAGCAUUUGAAGUGUAUAGUUUUCAUUAGACCAACGAAGGAGAAUAUUGAGAUUCUUUGCGAUGAAUUGCGAAGUCCAAAGUAUGGUACAUAUUAUAUUUAUUUCAGUAAUAUUAUCGCAAAAGCAGAUAUUAAACUAUUAGCUGAAAACGAUGAACAAGAAGUAGUGAAAGAAGUUCAUGAAUAUUAUGCAGACUAUUUAGCUGUUAGCCCGCAUUUAUUUUCACUUGGAAUCAAAUCGUGCUCCGAAGGUUUAUUAUGGAAUCCAGUACACUUACAUCGAACACAUCUAGGCAUAAUUUCAGUUUUAUUAUCAAUUAAGAAAUGUCCUUACAUACGUUAUCAAAGUAGUUCUGAAAUGGCAAAGAGAUUGGCAGAAAAAAUACGUGAAACAUUAAAUAAAGAAUCAAAUUCGUUCGAAUUCAGGCAGGAGUCAAACCCAGUUUUACUUAUACUCGAUAGAAGAGACGAUCCCAUUACUCCUUUAUUAAAUCAAUGGACUUAUCAGGCAAUGGUCCAUGAAUUACUAACUAUUAAUAAUAAUCGUGUUAAUUUAUCACAUGUAAAAGGUAUUUCAAAGGAAUUAAAAGAUGUUGUUCUUGACGCGGAACAUGAUGAAUUUUAUGCAAAUAACUUAUAUCACAACUUCGGUGAAAUUGGACAAACGAUAAAAGAAUUGAUGGAUGAAUUUCAAAAAAAGGCUAAAAAUCACCAGAAAGUAGAAAGUAUUGCUGAUAUGAAAAAUUUUGUAGAAGCUUAUCCUUUAUUUAAGAAGCUUUCUGGAACUGUAUCCAAACAUGUAACAUUAGUUGGAGAACUUUCCUCGCUUAUAGAAAAUCAUAACUUGUUACAAGUAUCAGAAUUGGAACAAGAGCUUAGUUGUCAAAAUGAUCAUUCUAUGCAGCUGCAGAGAAUAAGAGAACUUAUUAAUAAUUACCAAAUUCGAGAAAUUGAUAGCGUUAGAUUGGUAAUGUUGUACGCACUUCAUUAUGAAAAACACACAAACAAUGAUAUUAGCGGUUUAUUGAAUGUAUUAAAAAGUAAAGGGAUUUCUGAAAAAUAUGUGAAGCAUGUUCAUAACAUAUUGCAAUACAGUGGAAUUAACACAAGGCAAAAUAAUCUAUUUGAUCGUGAAUCGGUAGCGAAGAUAACUAAAAAGCUAUUCAAAGGCUUAAGUGGAAUAGAUAACAUAUAUACUCAACACACACCUCUACUGAAUGAAACAAUUGAAGAUUUAAUAAAGGGAAAGUUAAGUCCACAAAUGUUUCCAUAUCUUGGAAAUACAAUAAUAUCUAAAAGGCCGCAAGAUAUAAUUAUUUUCAUGGUUGGAGGAACAACUUAUGAAGAAAGCUUAACUGUCUAUAAUUUAAAUAAACAAAAUCCUGGAGUAAAAAUUAUUUUAGGAGGUACUACUAUCCACAAUUCUCAAAGCUUUUUAGAAGAAAUUCAACAUGCUACAUCGGGUACCUUUUCAAAAUAUAGAAAUAAUAAUAAGUAAAAUUAUAAUAUAAUUUAUAAUAUAUUGUUAGUAUAUUAUACUUUAAGUUCAUAUUUUUAUCUAAAUAUUUAUAUUUACAAUUAUGAGUAGUUGGCAUAUUGUAAAUUAUUUUUUUCAAGAAAUAAAGUUUUGGUGGUAAUAAUUUUAAAGAAAAUGGCUACAAUAAAAAAAAC